AUGGGUCUCGAUGAGACAGUGCACUUCGCCAUUGAUGGCAGCGACCCCUCGGCAGAAGCGGCGUGGAGGACCACCAUCUGGUACCCGCCUGGACUGGGUCGAGUGCGCCUCGGUCCAGACCAUCGCAUUUUCGUCUUGGGCUGGUACCACGAACUCCACUGUCUUCAUGCUUUGAAGUUUGCUGCUGCUCAUCCCGAGCGGGAGGAAGCGAAAGAUGACGAGCACUUACACCACUGCCUCAAUUAUCUUCGACAGGCCCUCCUUUGUGAAGCAUCAGGGACGUUAGAGAAGGGAGAUUUCCUCGAUAGGGAUUUUGAGCACCAGCCGCAGGGUGAUAUCGUUAUCUGUCGGGACUGGGAGAGGUUGUUUGAGGUUCACGCCCAGAAUCUCAGGGAGUGGGUAGAGUGGUUGCACCACUGGAACCGGUGA